AUGAAAGAAAAUAAUUUUGUACCGGACAGCAAAAAUAACUGUAUAACCAUUUAUGACAGUGAAUCAUCCACUGUCGUUUUAGACAGCAGUAGUGCUGAUGAAGAUGUUCUUGUCAAAAAUAACUGUAUAACCAUUUAUGACAGUGAAUCAUCUACUGUCAUUUUAGACAGCAGUAGUGCUGAUGAAGAUGUUCUUGUCAUAAAUAUAAGUGACAGUGAGAUGACAGAUAUACUGGAAGAUGUUUCAGAAGAAUAUAAUAAUGAGAAUGACCCAUCAUUCUCAUGUAAGAUGAUCAUAUCAUCCGAAUCAUCAUCAGACUCAUCCGAAUCAUCAUCAGACUCAUCCGAAUUAUCAUCCGACUUAUCCGAAUCAUUAUCCGACUCAUCCGAAUCACUAUCAUCAUCAUAA